UUCAGGAGACCUCGCAUUCUUCUUAUUAUUCACCCCUGGUACAGGCUUCAAAAUUCGUUCGCUGAUUUUCCGUCGAUUUCUGGGCACCAUGGCAAACCCAAAGGUAUUUUUUGAUGUCAGUGCCGGGGGAACCCCAAUUGGACGCAUUACAAUGGAGCUGAGAGCGGAUGUUGUCCCCAAAACUGCUGAAAAUUUUCGUGCUUUGUGCACUGGUGAAAAAGGAAAAAAUACCUACAAGGGAAGUACCUUCCAUCGUGUAAUUCCCCAGUUUAUGUGUCAGGGUGGAGACUUCACAAGAGGUGAUGGAACUGGUGGAGUUAGCAUCUACGGUGCCAAGUUUGAAGAUGAGAACUUUAAGCUUCAGCAUACUGGACCAGGUAUUUUGUCUAUGGCAAACUGUGGACCAAACACUAAUGGAUCACAGUUCUUUCUGUGCACAGCUAAGACAGAGUGGUUGAAUGGCAAGCAUGUGGUCUUCGGUCAAGUUACUGAGGGGAUGGACGUUGUGAAGAAGAUAGAAUCCUAUGGUUCAUCUAGUGGAAAGACGAGCAAGACCAUAAAAAUAGACAACUGUGGUCAGUUAUAACGAGUACAUUCGGCAAUCUUGUAUUUCCAAUAAUCUUUAAAACUUUCAAUGGUAAACUGCUUUGUGAUAGUCAAGAAUACACUAUAGGCAUCUUUGGGACCAAUGUUAAACUGGUGAUUGUUUCCAUCUAUCCUUGUGGACAAAUAAACCUGCCACUCAUCAGUAUGUACACCAGCCUAGUGCAGUGUAUUCUUGCCUUCAAUCGUAGAAUAAAAAAUAAUUUCUGUAAUGUUAGUCGCACUCUUCCAACAGACUUGAUGUAGUUAUAAAUGUCUUGGUAUUUGUUCUGUCAAAGCAUUAUGCCUUACCUGACCACAGAAUAAUUUAAUUUACAUUGAUGAGUGGAGUCAGUUUUGAAAUCGUUUUAGACUUCCUACUUUCCACAUCAAAACUUUCCGUUUACCAUUGUGGCUUAGAAUAGUACAAUCAUGAAAAAGUUAAGUUUGUAGAUUUAUAUAGAAGAAACAUUCUUGAUUCUUUUUGUUUUUUUUAUAUAUUAAAGAAUUCUGCAGUUUAGAUCCUUGUAACCUCUUGGCGGAUAAAACAUGUGAAAGACAAGACACAA